AAAACCAUCAGGCAAGCUCCCUUUUAGUCUGCGCUUUUAGUCAGUCGACAAGCCGCAGCUUUAUGUAGUUGUCGUGCCGCGCACGAAUCUAGAACUUCGCGAAAAUUCCCGACAAAUUUCCUGCUGAUUCAGAUUCCAGCCUGUUGAGCGUUGGAAUCGCCGUGUGUGUGAUUUCAUCCACUCUUUCCCAAUCAAUUCUCGCGUGCACCGAGAUAUGAAGAACAGGCAGAAUGCGGAGAUCGACCUUUUGCAAGGGCUACAGCCCUUUUCGUAUGAUGAUUCCGGCAACAGCUGUGGCUCAUCCGUAGUGUCCGAUUUCACCGGAAACGAAGACGAGUGUGUUCUUCAGGUGUCCGACUUGGAGUCCGAGACUAAUGAAGAAAGAUCGGACGUCCUGCAGUGCGAUAUAGGCCAGGAUACGGACGACGAAGAUGUGGGAUUGGGUGUGUCGCACGGAUACACCAGUUGCACUCAAGUCAAGGAGAACAGCUUCAAUGAAGACAUGCAAGCCAGAUUGGCCGUGUUAUCAUAUGAGCAGAUUUGCAGACUGAAUGAUGUCAUGGGAGAAACAGUGAGCAUCGUAGGCAGAGGCAACUUUCCAACACUGGAAAUCCGACUAAGAGAUCUGGUGGAAAUCGUGCGCGCCAAACUGGAAGGCGAUCCGAGUGCUGGAGGUGCUGGCAUGCAAGUGCGCGAUAUUCGCCUAAAUGGAGGAGCAGCCUCUCAUGUUCUGGCAGCUGGCCAAGACCAGCCGUACAAUGACGUGGAUCUCAUAUUUGGAGUGGAGCUGAGCUCACCUAGAAACUUCGACAAAGUCAAAGCUGCUGUGCUCAGCUCCCUGUACGAUAUGCUACCGGAUGGAGUAAGUCGGAAGCGAAUAUCCACAUGUAGCCUGAAGGAGGCGUAUGUCAGUAAAAUGGUCAAGGUGAACAACCCCUCAGACUCAGGUGACCGUUGGUCCCUAAUCUCCUUGGGCUGUCAGCGUGGUAGAGGCGUCGAGCUAAAAUUCGUUGAUCGAAUGCGCCGACAAUUCGAGUUCAGCGUGGAUUCGUUCCAAAUUGUCCUGGACUCUUUGCUCCUAUUCUACCGUUGUGCGGCUCCUGCCGAUGACGAAACAGCGCAUGUUUCCCGAGCGCCACCAAUCAGCGAGAACUUCUACCCUACUGUAGUGGGCGAAUCGGUGUUCGGGGACUUUCGCGAGGCGAUACACCAUCUACAGAAGCGCCUAAUUUCCACCAGGCGACCAGAGGAGAUUCGAGGGGGCGGCCUACUGAAAUACUGCACUUUAUUGGUCAAGAACUACCGGCCAGCUCGUCCCGAUUAUAUAAAGUCAUUGGAGAGGUACAUGUGCUCUCGCUUCUUUAUCGAUUUCCCGGACGUAGUUCAACAACGAUCGAAACUCGAAACGUAUUUGUGGAAUCACUUUGGCAGCGGACAUGAAGAGUCCUCAUCCAGACACCGAUUCCUGCUUCUGCUGCACGAUGUCGUGUCACAAAGCACCGUUUGCUUAAUGGGUCACGAGCGUAGACAAACGUUGCAACUCAUCAAGAGCCUAGCUUGGCAGGUUCUCUAUCAGGAUCAGUCGCAGCAGCAACAGCAACAUCAACAACAGCACCUGCUGACUGCGCCCAAUGCAGCACCCGCUCAAGCCCCACCUCUAGUUAUAGCCAAUGGCUACAUUUACGCUCCAAUCACGAUAGCCACGCCUCCUUGCCAGUUCUGCGGAUGUGGCUCUACCUGGAUGACUUGCUGCAGCACGUGACCUGAUCGUGAUCAUUUGGAAUCGUUCGAGUAGUUUUUCGAACGUAUUCAUCAUCAGCGUCCUUUUUGGUUUAGUGUUCGCAGGUCGAAGAAGGGCGAGUAAUGAAUCACAACGUUAUUUUAUUUCAUCAAAAAUUUCGGGCCCAAAUCACCCCCAGGUAUGCUGUUUUGUGAGAGUCCACGAUUUUCAAGAAGCCUUUUCCUUCGAGAAAAUAAUUCGAGUUUAAAGUACAAAAAAAAGAUUCUCCAAGGGAAAUAUAUUUUUGUGUCCAAGUAUGAUCUCAAGCCUCUCAGCAGCAGGGCGUGUUUGUCUUGAGGGAAAACGUGCAUUUUCACUUGCUUUUCUUCGAUAUUAUUUGGACAACAACAUAAAUAUUAUGCCCAAUCUCUCGCGCCAAAAAAUGUAAAACAUUCCUCCUAUAGGGCGACUGAGAGGUUGAAUUCAAUGCGUUGCAGAGCAUUACGGUAGUUUUAGUCAACUCGUUUCAAACACUUAAUCUACUACAUUUUAGCCAUUCCAAUUGCAAUUUUGCAAGGAAAUUAUAUCGGCAGUCGGCGUGCCAUUUAUACCCAAUUUGCUGCAGUUUUUCAUUGAUCCGCUGCUCCUUUUGCAGUAAGGAGCACGGCAUAUUCAUUCAAAAGCUGUCGUAGAAUUGCGACAGGAUUUGCCAUCGGCGCCAUAUAAUUUCCACAAAAAAUCUAAUUAAAAAAAACAAUCAAUUACCUACCUAAAAAACUGUGACAAUGAAUGUUCGCUACCUAAAAUCAAUUGUUACAGCCCUACGCAUUUCAAGAAAAAAAUAAUGCGACCCGACUUUCUAGGUUGUUGUAAGGCUGUGAAACAAAUAUUAUUUUGGUUGUGUAUCGAGAUUAUAAUCUAACUUUGGAGCGAUAGUUCUCACCUUUAAUUAGCUAAGUUUCUUCACUUGCUUGAACGUUUCGGUGCAAGUAACUUUAACUUAAAAAAAUGAUGCGCGAAUCCUUAAGUCGAUGUUGGCUUUCGUUGCACAAGUUUGACUACCCUGAAUCUAAAUAAUCUCACUUCUGGGUUAAAUUUUUUGAACUACAUUGCUACAGGGUGGAUUAUUUUAUAUGUUUCUAUGGAAAAUCUUGGCUGAUUUAUAUUCUUUGUAGGUUAUUGACUCCAUAAAUGCAAAGUUCCCUCCCCAUUCUUCAAGCACUUUGGUGAUUCAAAAUGUAACCGGUUUGUCCCAUAAGCGGAUUUUUAUACAUACAGGGUGGCGCAGAGGAAUUUUUUCACUCAAGUAAAUAGGGCACGUUUUUUAGAAUGCGUUUCAAUUAGAUAAAAUGUUUAAAGAGAGUUUCAGAGAAAAUUCUGUGCUAAGAAUCGCAAUAAUUUGUAGUUGCAUCAGUUAGGCGCAGUAAAAAUUUGCAAAAAAGACAAAAAAAAUAAAAUAUGUACAUUAAAUGACCAGGCACCGUACUAGAAAUAGUGUUUUUCUCAAUUGUAUAACAAAAAUUUCGAUUCAUUCUAAUCAAUUAUCAUGCAAAGUUCAGCACAAUGAACAUCUGAAAAAUUUUCAGACCAACAUUGAAAUUAGAUUUUUUGCCAGUCAUUUACCAAACAAUAAAAUUAGCACACAACAAAAAAAUUAAAAAUUGACAAUUUUGGAGUUUUCUGUGAAAUUGGUCGACCCCAAAUUAAAAAAAAAAAAUAGUUUCUUAGAUUAAUUCCAUAUAGAAUCAUAGAAAUUGACCCACUUUGAACAAUCUGAAUUUAUCGGUCUUAACUUUGUUUUUACUCAUUUGCGUUCUCUCUUUUAAAAAUUCGCACCUUCCAAGCCAAAACAACUAGCAAAUUGAAAUUCUACUUAGAAGAGACUUCACCCUCGAAAUGUUAAAAGUUUCGUAAAAAUCGGCCGCAAGCCUGAAUUUUUCCACGUUACUAAAUACUAGUCUCAACUUUGUUUGUACGCAUUUGCGUUCUUUUCUUGAAAAAUUUGUAUCUUACAAACUAAAGCAAGUCACAACGUAAAAUUUGCAGCAUGAUUAGAAGACACUCGUUCCACGAGAUUCUGAAAGUUUCACAAAAAUCGCACAGAAGCCUGAAUUUUUGCCACCUUAGUAGAUAUCAGUCUCAAUUUUGUUUUUACGCGUUUGCGUCCCCUCCUUUAAAAAUUCGCACUUUCCAAACCAAAGCAAGUAGCAACUUGAAAUUUUCAACAUCAUUAGAAGAUACUUGACCCAAAAGAUUCCGGAAGUUUCACAAAAAUCUGCCAAAAGCCUGAAUUUUGCCACUUUGCAAACAUCAGUCCCAACUUGGUUUUUGCCCAUUUGCCUCCUUUAAAAAUUCGCACUUUCCAAACAAAAGCAAGUAGCAACUUGACAUUUUCAGCAUCAUUAGAAGACACCUGGCUCAAGAGAUUCUGAAAGUUUCACAAAAAUCUCCCAGAAGCCGGAAUUUUUGCCACCUCAAUAAAUAUCAGCCUCAAAUUUAUUUUCACUCGUUUGCGUUUUUCUUCAAAAAUUCGCACCUUCCAAGCAAAACAAAAGACUUGAAAUUUUCAGCAUCUCUAAAAUGCACUUGGCCCUACAGACGCUGAAUAAGGUUCAUAAACAAAGCCCAGAAGUGUGCAUUUUACCACCUUAGAAAAUAACUUGCUGUAAUCGAGAGAAAAUCCACAGGCUCAAAUUGAAAAAAUGCACUGAAAGCCGGCACUUUAUUGCCUAAAAUUUCAUAAAGACAAGCACAGCAUUCCGUUAAAUAUCAACUAUAUUCGGCGCGUCCAAUUCAUGUAGCAUCUGUUUGACGCGCCGACUAUAGUUUUGCUCACUUUUGACAGCCAAAAAACGAAAAUCGACGAAUCACUAAUUAUUUAUGAUCGCUCAAACACUACUUGCAUGUACGAUCCAAAUUCCUAUUGGGCUUAUUGUUUCGCUCAAUCUUUACUCAUAUUAAACGCUAUCACUUUCAAGGAUCUUACUGCAACACUGACAGGGUGUUUUGCAAAGUUAGCAAAAAAUCUGCAAGCUAGAUUUUUAAGUGUGUUAUUUGGGUUUUUAUCUAAUAUUAAUAAACACCCUGUAUUAUACCCGGGCUAAGAAAAUUUAAGUCCGCAAUAUUAACAAAAUAAUUCAGCAAUUGUGCAACUAUUACUAAUCCUCUCUUUCAACAUCUCAGUGAGCAGUUGUAAAUAUAUGAAAUUUUCACAACUAUUUACUUAACAAUUGAAUUGAACCUAAUGCAUUUGUGUGGUAGAUUGUUGUGCACACGUUAGACUCUCUGAAACUGUUGCAACUGACUUUCGGUUCAGUUUAGGUAGUUGUAGCCGUAAAUUUAUAGAAUAUAAGCAAAAAAUAAUUAUUGAAAUAGAAUAUUAUAUAUUGUUUCGUUGUUGUAAUUGUCUCUCUUAUUGUGUCCUGUAUGAUAUUUAUUGGAGACAAGGCCUCAAUAAAUUGCAUUUAAUUUCACUACCACAAAUUGCUGGGGUUCUUAGCCAGUAAUUGCGGUGAACGCGAAUAACGAAUUCUAUUCGAAGACAUCGAUUCAUAGAGAAAUCGAUUGGUCACCAGACACACUUAUUACUAUGUCACCCUAGUAAUAUAUACAUAUAUAUACUUUACUUGAUUAAUUUCAAUAUUAAUGUUUUAUUCAUUAUUAAAGUUACCAAGAAAAUACGGUGGAUCCAUACGUUCAUUUUAGUCAAAUAGCUGUAAGAUUAACACUGAUAUUUUUUACCCGCUAGAUUAAUGUAUAUAAAGGUCACAGACAAACUGGCAUAUUCUUGACUCAAAUAAAGGCGAUUGUGAACACAUGCGGUGCCAUUCAAGCUUGAUUUAUAUUAAAUUAAUUUGUUGCCAAAAACCCAUUCAACAUUGUAUAUGUAUGUCGAGUAAUUUCUAGUGCAACCCACCUCCUGUGCUAUUCAGUAUUAAGCAAAGUGGCAAACUAUGUCUAAUUUCCGAUUCUAAAAAACGAUAUUAUAAGAAAAAGCUUAAAAUCGUAAAAAUAAACCUUAUAUAAGAUUGAAUUUGUAAUUAAAAUUUAUAAAUAGGAACGUAGAUGUACUUUAAAAAAUAUUCAUGUGUUAGUGACGAUUCACCGGUAUUUUAAACAUCUAAAUAAUAUUAAAUAUUUUAAGAAUAAUCAGAGAUAUAAACUAUCUAUUUUGAUUGAGGAUUUUAUAAAUGAGCUCGCUCUGUAUAUUUUUAUGGUUCCCAACUGCGGCCUCGGAGUAUAAUUAAAUAAAAAUGUAAAAUCUUGAAAAAAAUCAAUAAAAAUAUCAGUAAUA